CAUGACGUCAGAACGCGGAAGUGUUUCACUCAGUAGGAGCUAGAUCGUAGUCGUAGUACUGUGAACAAACCGAGUAAACAUGCACCUAUCUAGUUGUUAAUUAACUCCUCGUCCUCGUCUUGUCGGCGAUCUUACAAAGCUGGAAGCUGAAAGACAAGCGCAAGCAGGAGAACCACCUGGCACGGCAUCAUUAACCUAACGUUAGCUAGUGUCUGCUGCCAAAAUGUUGUCUGAAGGAGGUUCUUUCAUGAAGGGGAUGGUCAUGGGAGGCCUCUUCUGCUUGCUGCUGUCACUCCUAGGUAGUUUCCGCCCUGGCACAGAGUCCAAGACAGAAGACCAUCAUCAUCAUCACGUCAAGGCCCCGAGUAAAGAUGAGCUGACACGCCUCUCUGACAGUCGCGUGCAGGAGUUGAGCAAUCAAGUCCGUGUCUCUUGCGUCAUCAUGGUCCAGCCCAAGGUCCUUGUUUACUGGGCCACUGCAUUGGACACCUGGAGCAAACAUUGUGAUAAGGCUGUGUUUUACACUUCUGAGUCUUCUAAGGCCCUUGAGGCGAUAGACCUGAAUGAAAAAGAUGACUGGGCGAGGUUACGUAAAGCUCUGACGCAUGCUUAUGAGAAUGCCGGAGGCCUGCAGUGGUUCUUUGUGGCACAAGCUACCACGUUUGCAAUCAUUGAGAACCUAAAAUACCUUGUGCUCGCAAAGGAUCCCAGCGAGCCCUUCUACCUGGGCAACGUAAUGAAGUCAGGGGAGCUCGAGUAUGUGACGUAUGAUAGUGGUAUUGUUCUAAGUUAUGAAGCGCUGAAAAGGCUAGUGCAUGUGUUCCAGGAUGAAGACAAAUGUCCAGAAAGAGGACGUGCCCUGUGGAAGAUGAGUGAGGACAAGCAGCUGGCCGUGUGCCUCAAAUAUACAGGUGUCUUUGCAGAGAAUGGAGAAGACGCACACGGAAAAGGCCUGUUCAACAGCAAAGGUGUGAACAGCCUGAUAAGUGAAAGCAUGAAGAACAACCCAAAUAAUGUGGUGGAAGGCUGCUGCUCCGACAUGGCAGUCACAUUCAGUGGGAUGUCACCGAAUCAAAUGCAGGUUAUGAUGUUUGGAGUAUACAGACUUCGUCCUUACGGCCACGAUUUUCAUGACUCUUUAGUAUUCAACCCUCCUGAAAAUUCAGAUAAUGACUAGAGACUCAUUCCUGCAAGAUGGAUGUGGCAUUUUAAAAGUUUUGCUUCUGUGAUGGCAAACCUAAAUGUGGGGAGAUGUUUUCUAAUUCUGUUUGUAAAACUGUAUCCUGGAUGGAAAUAUAACCCUUUUAUGUAUAUUUUUACCUUUUUCACUUGGCACAAUCUGCACCCUAUUCCUUUGUGGUGUAGGUAAGCAUAGGUGAUGGGUGUGCGUCCUUUUGAAUAAAGAUAGAACUGGGACAUGUUUCAAACUUGUGACCUUUGA